AUUUCAGGUCAGAAGGGAGCUGGCGACGUUACAGAAUGUCGCUAUUAAUCAAAUUCGAGUCCAAGUCAGCUAGAGUCAAAGGAAUAUCAUUUCAUCCCACAAGGCCAUGGGUGCUGGCAUCGCUACACAGCGGCGUGAUUCAGCUAUGGGACUAUCGCAUGUGUGUCCUACUCGACAAAUUUGACGAACAUGAUGGUCCAGUGAGAGGUAUCUGCUUCCAUAUGGAUCAACCUAUCUUUGUAUCUGGAGGGGAUGAUUACAAAAUCAAGGUGUGGAACUACAAACAACGUCGUUGUAUUUUCACUUUACUUGGCCAUCUCGAUUACAUUCGUUCGACUUUCUUCCAUAACAAAUAUCCAUGGAUUAUCUCAUCAUCUGACGAUCAGACUGUUCGCAUAUGGAAUUGGCAGUCACGAAACUCGAUUGCGAUUCUUACCGGUCAUAAUCACUACGUUAUGUGUGCCCAGUUCCACCCUUCUGACGAUCUCGUUGCCUCAGCUUCUCUUGACCAAACCGUGCGAAUAUGGGAUAUCUCUGGCUUAAGAAAGAAACAAAUGCCUGGAGGAGGAAGCGUCGUACCCAGAUCGGGAAGUGGUCCACAGACGCAAGCUGAUCUAUUUGGACAACCCGAUGUUGUUGUUAAGCAUGUUUUGGAGGGACACGACAGAGGAGUUAACUGGGUGGCGUUCCAUGCCACAAUGCCAAUAUUAGUGUCCGGUUCUGAUGAUCGCCAAGUGAAAAUGUGGAGGUACAAUGAAUCUAAGGCAUGGGAGGUGGAUAGUUGUCGUGGACAUUACAACAAUGUUUCUUCGGUGCUUUUCCAUCCCAACGCUGAGCUGAUUUUGUCAAAUUCUGAAGAUAAGUCAAUUCGGGUUUGGGACAUGCAGAAGAGAACUAGCCUACAUGUUUUCAGACACGAGAACGAACGUUUCUGGGUUCUGUCAGCUCAUCCAAGUCUCAAUAUGUUUGCUGCCGGUCACGACAACGGAAUGAUCGUUUUCAAGAUUCAACGUGAACGACCUGCCUAUUGCAUUAACGAAAACCUCGCUUUCUAUGUCAAGGACAAGCAACUGCGUCGCCUCGAUCUCACAACAGACAAAGACCAAGCUAUGUGCAAGCUGCGAGCCGCUGCAGCAUUUAUGCAGCCGUAUUAUGCGCUCUCGUACAACCCGGCUGAGAACGCUUUCUUACUUACUAGUCGUUCACACAACAAGGAACAAUGUUUUUACGACAUCUACAGGGUCGCCAGAGAUUCUGAUGGUAAUACAGAAGCGCCAGUUAAUCGCUCUCCUGGAAUCGCCGCGGUGUGGGUUGCGCGCAAUCGUUAUGCUGUGCUUGAUAAAAAUCAGCAGAUUUCUUUGCGCGACCUCUCCAACAAAGAAGUUCGUAAAGUGGAGAUGAAUGUUCCCGUUGACGACCUGUUCUACGCCGGAACUGGCGUUCUUUUGUUGAGAAACGAAGAGGGGCUGCAGUUGUUCGAUGUUCAACAAAAACGAGUCAUGGCACACGUAAAAGCUAGCAAAGUACGAUAUGUCAUCUGGUCAAAGAACAUGGAGUAUGCGGCAUUGCUUUCGAAGCAUACGCUCACGCUCAUCAAUCGUAAGCUCGAGGUGUUGUGCACUCAGCAGGAGUCUACACGUGUAAAGAGUGGAGCUUGGGAUGACGAAGGCAUUUUCCUCUAUACGACUAGCAAUCACAUCAAAUAUGCGCUCACUGCUGGAGACUGUGGAAUUGUUCGUACCCUCGACCUCCCCCUAUACAUUCUCGCAGUGCGUGGAACUAUCCUCUAUUGUUUAAAUAGGGAAGCUACACCAGUCGAAGUUCCCAUCGAUCCAAAUGAGUAUCGCUUCAAACUUGCUUUGAUCAAUAGGCGCAUUGACGAGGUUUUGAAUAUGGUGAAAAGCUCAACUCUUGUUGGACAAUCUAUCAUCAGUUAUUUGGAGAAGAAAGGCUACCCAGAGAUUGCCUUACAUUUUGUUAAAGACGAGCGCACUCGGUUCGGCCUCGCUUUGGAAUGUGGAAAUCUUGACGUGGCUCUGGAGGCGGCAAAGGUUUGCGACGAUAAGGCUAUCUGGGAGGCUCUCGGUGAAGCUGCGCUGAUUCAAGGAAAUCAUCAGGUCGUUGAAAUGGCCUAUCAGCGAACGAAGAACUUCGAAAAGUUGUCAUUCUUGUACCUAGUCACGGGCAACAUGGAGAAACUCUCCAAGAUGAUGAAGAUUGCGCAAAUGAGGAAUGAUGCUCACGGACACUAUCAAACUGCUUUGUACCUAGGAGACAUCGAAGAAAGGAUUAAAGUGCUAAAAGGUGUGGGCCAAACUUCUUUGGCAUAUUUAACGGCUGCCACUCACGGUUAUGAAGAAGAAGCUGCUGUACUCAAGUCUGAGCUCGAAUCUAAGGGACAGCCUAUCCCUCCAGUUGAUCCGAACGCAAAGCUGUUGGUACCACCACCUCCUGUUUGCAAGCUAGAGGAGAACUGGCCGUUGCUUUCGACUGCUCGUGGUCCGUUCGAGCUGCUUGGUCUUGUUCCCCCUAGCAAGACCAAUGCUGCAGGAGUCUCGCAGAAACCCGCUGCUGCUGCAUUUGCUGUGGCUGACGAUGAGAUGGAAGAAGGAGCUGCAUGGGGCGAAGAAGGUGAUUAUCUUGUGGAUGAGAACGGAGAAGUUGAGAUUGAUGAUGAUGACAUUCUCGCUGGAACUGCUGAAGAAGGAGAAGCAGGGUGGGAUGUGGAAGACGAUCUUGCAAUUCCGGAUGUUCCCGCUGCUGCCGGCAGUGAGGAUGUUGUUGUACCUAAUCGCGGCCAGGCGCCCACAUCGCAUUGGCCUGCAAACAGUCGUCUUGUGGCUGACCACGUAGCUGCUGGUUCAUUCGAAUCUGCACUGCGUCUUCUUCAUGACCAACUUGGAGUCAUAAACAGACAACCAUUCAAGGAAGUAUUCAUGGCUACAUACGCCAGCUCACGAGUGUCCUUCAAUGCAUUGCCGAAUACCAAAAUUCUUUUUGGUUAUCCGCUUAGAAAUUGGCAGGAAGCAUCUGGAAAAAAUGGCCUGCCUGCUGUUGCUGUUACACUUUCGGAAUUAGCAUCCAGACUGCAAAAUUGCUAUCACCUGACAACUGCUGGAAAAUUUGCUGACGCUAUCGUGAAACUUCGAAAAAUUCUUCUUUCUGUACCUAUGCUAGUUGUGAAUUCAAAACAAGAAGUAGCUGAAGCAGAACAGUUGAUCGAGAUCUGUAGGAAUUAUCUUGUUGGUCUUUUAAUGGAAUGCGCAAGAAAGGAAAUCCCGAAAAGCUCGCCUGCGGAUUUGAAGCGAAAUGCUGAGAUGCUGGCAUACUUCACUCACUGUGAGCUGCAACCUAUCCAUCGAAUACUCACGUUGAGGACCGCCAUUAACGCUUUCUUCAAACUCAAGCAAAUGCGUACAUGCGCAUCCAUGUGCAAACGUCUUCUGGAACUAGGUCCUAAGCCAGAGGUCGCUGCACAAAUUAGGAAGGUAUUAGCCGCUGCCGAGCAGGACAAUAAGGAUCCCAAUCAGCUGGCGUAUGAUGAGCACAACCCGUUUGUUGUUUGUUCUCGUAAAUACGUGCCGUUAUAUCGUGGGAAACCGCAAUGCAAAUGCCCCUUCUGUGGAGCAUCAUUUAGCGCUGGUCUCGAAGGAACGGUCUGCGAUGUAUGCGAGGUUUCAGAGAUUGGAAAGGACGUGAUUGGGCUUCGGAUUUCUGCUCUACAGAAGUAGUGCGAUUGCAAGGGGCCGAAUCACUUUCUUGCAUAAGGGUUACUUCUAUGUUUGCGAUAAUUUAUUUAUUUAUAAUCCAAGAAAUUUCACUGUAAACUUCCAUAUGAUAUCAGGAUGUGCGUGAGUUUUUCCAAAAGAAUUUUCUGCCGGCUCUCAUGGUUAAGGGUUUUUGUGCUGAAAAGUAAUAAUGUUUGUAGUCACGGUUGAGCUAUCAGAUUCUAUCUUAAUUCAUUUUGUGCUUUUAUGAAAAGUGUGAUAAGGCAUAUGUUCAGAUGUGAUAAAGGUUUUCGAAUUUUGA